AUGGCCUCACAAACACCUUACUUGGCUUUGCCAGGCUCUUCCGCCUUUUCUGGUUUCCGUACUGCUCGCCUUGCUGCCGCAAUCGGCGCCACUGAGGUGCGCGGUGUGUGGAUGCACUAUGUCAAUCCCAAGCAGGAGCUCAGCCAAGAGAAUUUGAAGACUCUGGACCAGCUCUUGAAGUACGGAACUCAACUCUCCACUCAAGACAGACUUUCUCAAGUUCUUCUGGAUGCUGUUCACCGUGGUGGUGACGCGAGAGACGACACUACUCGUCUUUACUACGUCUCUCCUAGAGCAGGAACAAUCUCACCAUGGAGCUCCAAGGCGACCAGCAUCGCCCACGUCUGUGGCCUGGAGAAGCAAAUCAAGCGUAUUGAACGCGGUAUGGUUAUUGCUGCAAGCUUCAAGAACGCUCCCGAGAAGGACGAUAUUCCCAAUCCUGACAUGCUUCACGACCGUAUGACUCAGACCAUCGAAACUGGAGCUCCCGAUCUCAAUCUCAUGUUUGCCGAGCACGAGCCUGCCGAAGCUCAGGAAAUUGAUCUCUUUGCUGAAGGAAGCACCCCCAAGGAGGCUCUUAAAAAGGCUAACCGCACACUUGGUCUGGCUCUCGAUGCCUCUGAGAUCGACUACCUGGUUGAUGCCUACUCGAAUCAACUGAAGCGUAACCCCAUCGACGUUGAGCUUUUCAUGUUCGCUCAGGUCAACUCGGAGCACUGCAGACACAAGCAGUUCAAUGCAGACUGGACUAUCGACGGCAUGCGCAAGCCCAACAGCUUGUUUGGCAUGAUCAGAAACACUCACAAGAAGCACCCCGAGUACGUUGUCAGCGCUUACAGCGACAACGCAGCCGUUCUUCAGGGUGAAAACGCCAGUCUGUGGGCCCCUGAGCACUCUACUGGAGAGUGGAAGCAGACCAAGGAAAUCGUCCACUUCUUGGCCAAGGUCGAGACUCACAACCACCCUACCGCCGUUUCUCCCUACCCAGGAGCAGCCACUGGAUCUGGUGGUGAGAUUCGUGACGAAGGAGCUGUUGGACAAGGCUCGAAGCCCAAGGCUGGUCUUUCUGGUUUCACCGUUUCCGACCUUCUCAUUCCCGGCCACGAGCAACCAUGGGAAUUGGACGUUGGAAGACCUGGCCACAUCGCCAGUGCUCUUGACAUCAUGCUUGAGGCUCCUAUCGGAAGUGCUGCUUUCAACAACGAGUUCGGAAGACCCUGCACUACUGGUUAUUUCCGUACCUUGACCACCGAGGUUCCCAUCGAUGACAACACUACUGAGAUCAGAGGUUACCACAAGCCUAUCAUGCUUGCUGGUGGUGUUGGUACUGUCCGCCCUCAGCAUGCUCUCAAGUCAGAGGACUUUGUCAGCGCCGGCGCUUCUCUCAUUGUUCUCGGUGGCCCCGCUAUGCUCAUUGGUCUCGGAGGUGGCGCAGCUUCUAGUGUUCAGUCUGGCGAGAGCAAUGUCGAACUCGACUUUGCCAGUGUUCAAAGAGGCAAUGCCGAAGUCCAGAGACGUGCCCAGGAAGUCAUCAACACUUGCACUUCUCUCGGAUCCAACAACCCCAUCCAGCUCAUUCACGAUGUUGGCGCUGGCGGUCUGUCCAACGCUCUGCCCGAGAUUGUUCAUGAUGCUGGACUCGGUGCUAAGUUUGAGCUGAGAGAAAUUGACAACGCCGACCGCAGUCUGAGCCCUCUACAAAUUUGGUGCUGUGAAGCACAAGAGCGAUACGUCAUGGCCGUCUCUCCUGAAGGCUUGGAGCUGUUUAAGAAGAUUUGCAAGCGUGAGAGAUGUGGUUUCUCUGUUGUUGGCCAGGCCAGUGACCGCGCCUCUAAGAAGGAGAAGCGCCUGAUUCUGAUGGAUCGCGACUCCGAGAAGUACCCCAGCCCUAUUGACCUUCCUAUGUCGAUCCUGUUCGGCAAGCCUCCCAAGAUGUCCAGAAUCGUGGAGUCCAGAAAACUCAAGCUCCCUUCGUUUGACAGCACUCUUACCACCUACCUCCCUAAGGUUGCCACCAAGGACGUCUUCGGCGAGGCCGUCAAGCGCGUUCUCUCCCUGCCUUCCGUUGGCUCCAAGUCAUUCCUGAUCACCAUCGCUGAUAGAUCUGUUGGCGGUCUCGUUGUUCGUGACCAGAUGGUUGGUCCUUGGCAGACUCCUGUUGCUGAUGUUUCGGUCACUGCUACUUCCCUUCUCCCCGGCGUCAAGACCGGUGAGGCCAUGGCUAUGGGUGAGCGCCCUUCGCUUGCUCUCAUUUCGGCCGCUGCUUCUGCCCGUAUGUCAGUCGCAGAAUCGUUGAUGAACUUGGCUGCUGCCAGCAUCCCUGACAGACUCAAGCGAAUCCGUCUCUCGGCCAACUGGAUGGCUGCAAGUGGCCACCCUGGUGAGGGUGCUGCUCUCUACGAGGCUGUCGAGGCCAUUGGUAUGGAGCUCUGCCCUGAGCUCGGUAUCUCUAUCCCCGUCGGCAAGGACUCCAUGUCCAUGAAGAUGAAGUGGCAAGACGAGAAGACUAAGCAGGCAAAGGAGGUCACUGCACCUCUUUCGUUGGUCAUCUCUGCUUUCGCCCCUGUUGAUCACAUUGACAGAACCUGGACUCCUACCCUUUCGAGACUCGAGGAUGUUGGCGAGACCGUGUUGCUCUUUGUUGACCUUGCCGCUGGCAAGAAGGCAUUGGGAGGUUCUGCUCUUGCUCAAGUCUUCGGCAAGGUCGGCGACGAGGCUCCUGAUGUCCGUGAUGCCGAGGUACUCAAGGACUUCUACGAUGCUGUCGAGUCUCUCCACGAGUCUGGCAUUGUUCUUGCUUACCACGACCGUUCUGAUGGUGGUCUCUUUACUACUCUCGUCGAGAUGAUGUUCGCUGGCCGUACUGGCCUCGAGGUCAUGCUUGACGGUAUUGCCGCAUCUGACAAGACUGAGGAUGUUGUUGAGGCUCUGUUCAACGAGGAAAUCGGAGCUGUCUUCCAGGUCAGAAAGAAGGAUGAGAUUGAAUUCAACCGUUGCUUCUCCAGCUGCGGACCUCCUCCCGGCAUGAUCAAAAAGAUUGGUAGAGUCCCUGCAGCCACCAAGCAGGAGAUCUCCUUCCACUACAAGACCGAUGUUGUCUACAGAGAGAGCCGCGACGUCUUGCAAAAAACAUGGCAGAACACUUCUGUGGCCAUGCAGCGCCUCAGAGAUAACCCUGAGUGUGCUGAUGCCGAGAUGGCAAACAUCGCCGACAGCAAGGACCCUGGUCUUUCGUACAAGCUCACUUUCAACCCCAAGGACAACAUCUUGCCCUUGACCACCACCAUCUCAUCAGCCAUCAGCGCUAAGCCUCGCGUCGCUAUUUUGCGUGAGCAGGGUGUCAACGGACAAGCCGAGAUGGCAUUCGCCUUCAAUGUUGCUGGCUUCUCACCCAUCGAUGUCCACAUGAGCGAUAUUCUUUCUGGUCGUGUGUCACUCGCAUCCUUCGUCGGUCUCGCAGCCUGCGGUGGUUUCUCGUACGGUGACGUCCUUGGUGCCGGUCAAGGUUGGGCCAAGAGCAUUUUGCUUCACUCUGGUGCUCGCAAGGAAUUCAAGGACUUCUUUGAGAGAAAGGACACUUUCACCCUUGGUGUCUGCAACGGAUGUCAGUUCCUGUCGCGUCUCACGGAUAUCAUCCCUGGAGCCGAGACCUGGCCUACGUUCGAGACUAACGUCAGUGAGCAAUACGAGGCCCGUGUCUGCAUGGUCGAGGUUAUGGACCAGCCCAAGCAGCCCAGUGUAUUCUUGCACGGCAUGGCUGGCUCGUACCUUCCCAUCAUCACUGCCCACGGUGAGGGUCAAGCCACUUUCGACACCAGUGCCUCAUCAUCUGCCAGCCCUCAGGCUUUGAUGAACGAGGGUCUUGUCUCUAUGCGUUACGUCGACAACUACUUGAAGCCUACCGAGAAGUACCCUUACAACCCCAACGGAUCUCCUCAAGGCAUCACUGGUGUCAGAACUCCUGACGGUCGUGUCCUGGCCAUGAUGCCUCAUCCUGAGCGUACUAUUCUCAAGGAGGUCGGCAGCUGGAUGCCCAAGGAUCAGUCUGAUACCUGGGGCGAGUUUGGCCCUUGGGUCAGAAUGUUCAAGAGUGCCAGAAAAUGGGUCGGCUAG